AUGAUGACUACUGCUAAGCUUUCCGCUAUCUACCAGCAUCAAGAAACGGAAUCUACUUCUCUCCUGGGAUCCCCGUACAAGAAGGAUAAAGCAGAGUUCGGUCGGAUUCCAUGGCGCCGCUUCAUGGAUUUGGGAAUUGGGUUUGCCCUGUGCCUUAUUCUCGCUGUUUUCAUGAACCAUGAGAAGCACAACGCUAACCAUACCCAGCCACAGCUUCCACAGCACGUCGAGCGCCAAGAAGCACAACACAGUCACCUUCGAUCGGAGGAAAGUCACCACAAGUCAAAGUCCUCGCCAUACUCCUCUAUCCCAGAAGAAGCCAAAAAUAUCACCAGUCAGUACAAGCGGUUCCAAGCCAUGGGAUUCGAAAUCUACACGGGAGGUGCUCCAGCCUUGCUGCUCCAGGAGACUCCCGCCGUGGCCGGAGACAAUCAGAACGCCAAGACGCCCACCAUGAUUCACAACCCAGAGUGCAAUGGUUUGAGCUCUUAUGGGCACUUUGAUGAUUACGAUAUUACCAAUUCGACCUUGCCCUCGAGUCUGUGGCAAUGCUACCUGGGAGAAGCGGACCAAGCCCAAGAUGUUCGGCGUCGAAUGAAAAUCAUGACGGACGCGGUGGAACGAGCCUAUGAACAAGCCAAUCACUCUCCCGACAUUCUCAAGAUCUUUAUUGCCCCCGAGUUCUUUUGGCGUGGAAGAGAAGGAGCGUAUGUCUUUGACGUGAAUGAAACGCGACGAGAGCGCCUCAAGGACAUGGUGGACGACAAGGACAAAUGCACCGAGGUGUGUCAGAUCAUGCUGGGAUUGGAGCAACUGGUGUCUCAGAAAAAGUACAAGGACUGGCUCUUUCUCUUUGGCACUGUGGUUGUCAGCGAGACGCUUCCCAAAGAGGACGCUUUUGACUACCUCUUUUACAACUUUGCUCCAGUCUACAAGGGGUACGACCCAGAACUGGAAGACCACUAUGGCAAGAGGUUCCUGGUCCCCAAGCGCUAUGUCAGUAACGUGGACUUUCUCACUCCAGUCCGACAGUACAAUGGUACCAUUGCCAAAGAGCUCAUAGAUGUGACCCAAGAACAAUUGGCCUUGUCACGUCAACGUUUGGAACAACACCAAGAAGAGACUCUCGAAGUGAAACCCAAAGAGGGCGAUGAGGAUCCACAGGUGGUCGUUCAGAAUCCUUUUGAAAUGAAGCGCGACUUUUACGAUCGAGAAAUGUGGUAUGCCUACAAAGACGAGCUCAAUGAGCUGGGCUACAUCAUGAUUGAGUAUGAUUGGCUCAUUCUGGACAACAUUACCUUUACCAUGGAGGUUUGUCUGGAUCAUGAUGCCCGCACAGCAUUGAAUGCCUAUCUAGCAGACAAUGUCAUGGGCAGUCCCACCCGUGUCCCCAAGAGCAUACGUCGUUGGGAUCCCGUGGCUCACAAGUAUGUGGGGGAUGUGGACUAUGUCCGCAUUCCUCGUCAUCAAGCACAGCUAUCCCUCGUUUCCAGCAUGGGCAUGACGGCCAAUCCGGAAAGCUUGGCAUUGACACAGAACGGAACUCUCAUCUUGCAGGAUGGUCAAUCGGCUGGAUCUGGUUCCAUGGCCUUUGAAUGGGAUUGCGAUAGCAAGUCCUGGCAUUUCAAGGGAGGCAGUGAAUUCAUUUCUCGUACUGCGGCCAUUACGGAUACUCGAAUCGAUUUCAAAUACCAGAUCCACGCCCCCGAUCAUCACGCGAGUGUGUACCAGAAGACCAAGGACGAAUGGAAAGGUGUCAUCCAGGGAGUCUUCACUACGACCAAGUACGAACCCAAGAUUACGGUAUAUCCCAUCCACCAUAUUGCAGAGGUCUGA